AUGGCCAGCUCUCCAGAACUCGAUGGUGACCGUCGCGCGCGGGAAUUGUAUCAUUAUUUUCAGCCUGACAACCCGGCGCUGCUUCCGACUGACGAAUGCUCUACUGCCAAAUCUUCGAACAAAGUCAGUCCCAAUUUGGUGUUAACUGCUUUGGCUCAACUUGCGGCGAUAAAGUUGGGGGCUCAGCGGGCCAUCAUCAGUUUGAUAGACAGGGAAACGCUCUAUGUCGCUGCCGAAGCAUCGCAGUCGUUAAAUCUAGGCAGAACUGAUGUCUAUGGCGAUGAUGGGGAUGGUCUCUGGAUGGGCUGCGGGCAUGGCCCUGUCGCGGGCACUUUAUGCGAGAAAACCAUCACUUUGAAGUCCACUUCCAAGGAAAAAUACCCAUUCUUUGUCGUGAAUGAUCUAAAAAAUCAUCCUACUUUUCGCGACAUACCCUGUGUGGCUGGGCCUCCUCACUUCCGCUAUUAUGCAGGGACCCCAUUAAUGACCAGAAACGGAAUCAACAUUGGCAGUUUAUAUGUGAUUGAUCCUCGGCCUGACCUGUCUUUGACCGACUCCCACAAAGAAACCCUUGGGACUAUAGCAGAUGCUGUCAUCGAUUACAUGGAAGCGUCGCGCCACUCACUAGAAGCAAAGCGCUUUAGCAAACUACUUUCCGGACUGAACUCAUUUGUACAAGGAGAAAGCAGCUUUGAAACCUCUCAGAGACCAGCAUAUCAGAGCCUUGGCCUGUCGAGCCAGGAUUCUUUACUUACACCGAGUCCGCAUCCAAACUUGGAGCGCGAGCUUAAUGCUUCAUAUUUUACGGCCAGCAGCAUAAACCUAUUAGUGCGUUCGCCAAAUCAAAUAAACAGUAUCGCCGAGGAUGUAUCGUCCAGUUUUGACCCCUCCGCGCCUCUAGGGCGCGAACUUCCAAACCCACAAACACCAAAGUCACCACAAGGCCAGACUAGAGACAGGACACAACAGACGUUUCAACGUGCUGCCAAUCUCAUGCGGCAGAGUCUAGAUCUAGGGAAAGACGGCGGCAUCGUCAUCUUCGAUGCAAGCGAACGCGCCGAGCUUGACUCUAACAAUAUUCUGGACCAGGAGCAAGGCCAGAAACGAAAACUGGCCAAUAUUCGGGCGAUGUCAGAAACAGAAUCUCACGUCAGUAACGGGGUGUCCCAUCCAGCUCCAGCCCCACAGAUAGAUCUAUACUUUGCCCGCCGAAUGCUGCACCGUUACCGACGCGGUGGGCUUUGGUAUUUCCACCAAGACGGAACGGCCUUUUCUUCCGAUGAAGAUACAGCCAGUACAGGGAGUCAGAAAGACGCACUUGGGCUUCCUCCACCGCUGUCUGCGCACCCACAGUCAACCGGUCCACUACGUGAGAAGGAUCUAAAUGCCUUGAAGCAAUAUUUCCCCAAUGCAACAAGAAUAAUCUUCGUUCCACUCUGGGACUCCCUUAAUUCUAGAUGGUUUGGUGGCUGCUUCGGUUGGAGUUGCCUGGAAAACCGCGUCUUUAGUGCCCAUGUUGAGCUUGGUGGACUAUUCGGGUUGGGCUCAUCCUUGAUGGUCGAGUACAGCCGUAUUCAAAGUCAAGAGUCUAACAAGAAAAAGGAUGACUUCAUCAGUACCAUUUCACACGAACUACGCAGUCCGCUCCAUGGAAUUUUAGCUGCCAAUGAAUUUCUAGCCGAGUAUGUCGAGUCAGAAUUCGCACGGAGACUACUUGAUACUAUUCGUGCCUGUGGCCAAACUCUGCUUGAUACCUUCGAGCAGAUUCUAGAUUUUACCAAAAUCAAUUCCUUUGAGAGCAAGCGACACCGAUCCCGUCCAGGUUCUCCUCGUUCAAAGACCGAUCAGGAGUCUAGCAAUGAGAAUCCAAAAGCGCAGCUAUUGCGUAUUCUCAAAUUGGUCGAUGUCGUCGCAAUCAUUGAAGAUGUCAUCGAGAGUGUCUAUUCGGGACAUAUGUUGUCGAACGCCAUGGUGAAUGGCAGCAGGGAACCUGGGAAAUGGUCAUCGGGUUCAACGGCAUACUGUAACGGGACAACAGAAGUUUCUAACACUGCAAAAAUUGACGUUUCAAUUGAUGCUGCACCCCAAGACUGGGAGUUCGUACUAGAAUCAGGGGCAUUACGACGUGUUGUUAUGAAUGUCGUCGGAAAUGCGUUGAAAUACACCCAGCAAGGAACUGUUUCUCUUCGUCUUGAAAUACAACGAAAAGCCAAAGGAUCCAAUCGCCAGACAUCGCCCGAUACCAUUGAUUCCCCGGUACUCGUUCUAACAGUCUCCGACACGGGACAAGGCAUCUCAGACGAAUACCUUCGUUCCAAAAUCUUCACGCCAUUUUCACAGGAAGACGCCUUGUCUCCGGGAACAGGGCUUGGCCUUGCACUCGUCCGUGACAUCCUUCGGUCUCUUGGUGGUAACAUCUCAAUCAAAAGUCAGCUUGGGGUUGGCACAACCGUAAAGAUGACCUUCCCCCUUGCAGAACCUCAACACCAUGAGCAGAUUGAAGCCCACUCAUCGAUUUCUGAUCCUUUACCACGUCCAUCAGAUCUUAUCAAACGAGUGAGGACAGAACUUGAAGGGAAGGCUCUGCGGUUCAUCACUGUCCAAGAUCCACCAUCCAGCAUGCCUCCUUCAAAUCAUAUGAUCAGACAUUACCUGACAGAGUGGUUUGGAAUGAAGAUCGAAAAAAGCGAGUCCUCAAAGCCCGUUAAUCUAGUAGUCGUCGAUGAGCGUCACUUGAAUCUUGUCGAGAAUGCACAAAGUCAAGCUUUAAUUCUUGUCUUAUGUCAUCGAGCAUCUCGUGCGCGCUCAACGAUGACUGCAGCGAACAUGCUAUCUUCCAACACGGUAUGGCUUAAUCUUCCGUGUGGUCCUCAUCAACUAGCCCGGACGCUGCUUGACUCUGUCAAAAACAUUGCGUUAACCCAAAAUCCCGGACUGCACAAAGACUUACAUAAUGUACCCACAACGCAUCUAUCUGAGCCUGAGCAGGCCUCAAAACAGUCCAUAUUGCCCGAUGCGCAUGAAAAAGCACUUAAUCUGGCGCAAGUCACAGUGCGCUCUGUGCCAGACCCUGAGUUCGGCACCGAAAUAACGCAACAUCGGCACAUCACAACACACAAUCCGACGCACAGUCUACCAUCGACGAAAGGCGAUUCCAUAGCUAAGGUUACGCAUGGUAUUAGCCGCACUCACAUUUCACCAACUACCGAGACAAAGGAUGGCAUCAAGAUCCUUUUGGUGGAUGAUAACGCAAUCAACCUCGCUCUUCUCGAGAAAUACAUAUCCCGAAUAAAGCCACAAAUCCUAGACACAGCCAUGAAUGGAGAAGAAGCCAUCAAGGCAGUACAGAACAUGUCUAGUGGCUAUAAAUACAUUUUCAUGGACAUGUCUAUGCCGGUCAUUGACGGGUUCGAAGCAACACGGGCAAUUAGAUCAAUAGAAGCAGCGCGAGGAGAGAAAUCGCCGGCCACCAUCAUUGCGCUUACUGCUCUUGGAUCUGAUGAGCAUAUCAAGAACGCUUAUGCAGCUGGUGUCAACGUUUUCCUUGCGAAGCCGAUUUCUUUCAAGAUCAUUUUGGGACUGGUUGAUGAGUGA